UGCUAAGGGGGUGGAAGUACCAGGAGGGGGUGGAGCUUCUGGCAAGAGACACGAGGGUGUGGGCAGCAUUGAAGAACACUCGCUUAUCAAUAGGCAGUGCACCGCUGGCCCACGGCUCCCCUUCGCUGUUACUGACUGGAAAGGAGCUCUUUCCCCGAGACAUUUCACUUUCCUGUAUUGAAAUAGGGUUAUGAUAAAUCUUGACUGUCAAGAUGUGUCCAGGAUUGGGCUAACGGAACUUCCUUGAGCAGUGCACAACCCCACAGCAAUCAGAACUUCCCUGGGGAGACAUAAUGACCUGUCAGACUUAUGAAAAUGAAGGCAGAGGCCAGGAAAUGAGCUGGCAGAGGAGAGGAAUGGACCUGAAAGAAGAGGCGUCUCUCUCCGGGGAGUUUGCCAAGAUUGAAGCCGCCACCCAACACCUGGCCCUGACCAUCCUGUCUCAAAAAGCGCCUGCCCAGAGACCACAGCUCCAAAGGCCACCUCCACCACCUCCAUCCCCCUUCCUGGGGGUGGCAUGUGCUGAGGCCCCCAUGGAAGUGCUCCAUGGUAGCCCCAGCUUGAGCCCAGCUGCCCUAGACACCUCGACCCUUGACCUCUUUGAUGACAUUCUGCUCCCUCCUACGUGUCCCUUGAUGACGCCUGACAGCUUCAGCCAGACUCUCACUGCUGGUAACCCCCAGGUGGCAUCCGAUUUCACCUCUCAUGCUCUGGGCUCAGGAGACCAGGGACAGCCAACCCCAAUACAGGCCCCAAGGUUCUCCAAUUUUCUGCUCCCUCCCCAGGAUGCCCAAGGGGGAAGCCUGGAGCCUGGCUGGGGUUGGGGAGACAGUUGGGAGGCACCUUGUGCCUGUGAUCCUCAGGGAAUCCUGGACAGCUGGGGAACCCUUUGAAACCCAUUCACAACACAAGCCAAACCCAUCUCAGGCCCAGCCAACCUCCCCGCUCCUGACAGAUGUAAGACUACUGCUCAGCUGGUAGAGUGCCUGGCCAACAUGCAAGAAGCCAGGAUUCCAUGCCCAGAACCCCAUAAACAUGUAAAAUAAACCCUGGAAAAAUAAACCAAGCUGGGGUUCCCACUGUG